AUUAGAAGGUACUUAUUUUCAUUUCAGAGUGGUUUUCAGGUGUGGUUAUUACUUUAGUACUAUGUAGGUUUAGAGUGACUCCUAACACACCACCUUAAGUUAGUUUUAUGCAAUACAACUAGCAAUAUUAAUAAUAAAAAUUAGCAGUUAACAGCAGUUAUGACCUCAUAGGUUAUGUGAUUUGCUGAAGGGAUAUGCUAUUUUGGAGUAUGACUUCAACAUGUGGAGAGUAGUCUCAAUUCUUACGUAUUACACCUUUAACCCCCCACAUUAAGAUAAGAAAAGAUAUAACUCACAGACUUUGUCUAACCUUGACACCACCUGCCCCCUUGACCUGACCCCCUCCUCCCUUCUCUAAGCAGACUUAAGCAACAUCUUGCCAUUCCUCCCCACCUGGAACUUAUUCCAUCCGCCUUCAAGCCUCCUUAAGAAAUCUACCCUUGACACUGCCGACAUCUGUAUCAACAGACCAGAAUCUUCUCUCUCCUCCCUCUAUAUUAUUAUUUUAUUAUUGUAUAAGUAAGCACAUCGUGAGCAAUGUACAAUCCUGAGUCAAAUUCCUCGUAUGUGUACACAUACCUGGCAAUAAAACUGAUUCUGAUUCUGAUUCUGAUGCACUGAACCAAAGUCAAAACAAACCAAGGAAGCUACUGACACUGGAACAGAAAAUGAAGUCCAGAUGUCAGUAUCGCACAGUGCAGCGGUGGCAGACUCUAAAAGAGGAUGGACGCGCGAAGAAACAAUAUACGAGAGAUUAAAAGUAUCUGUAUUUUACUUUUAAUGACCUGCAACAAACAAGAUCACAUCAGACUAGUAACUCAGAUUUCAGCCGUUUUAUUAGAAUAUGAAAAUGUGGAAGUGAAAUAAGGAAGAGAGUCAGAAGAGAAACCUGACACUAUCAGAAGGUGACUGGGUGCUGGAUCGCAAUCUUGGCAUCACUGGAAAACACAAAUUACAGGACAGAUGUAACAUACGUAGUGAUUGCAAAGUUGCCAAAUCUUCCUGUUUAUUGAGUCAAACCAGAAAGAGGGACUGGUAUAGUAAAAACAGUGCACAGAGAGAUAAAUUUUCUUUUUGUUGGUGGGAUAUGUUUGUUUUUUGCUUUUAUUUGUUUCAACAUUUAUAGACUGCGUAGAAAUUGGCAUUAAUCAUGUACAAAUGGCACCAUGAAUUAUACACUGCAUAGUCCAUAACAUUGAAGAAAAUGCCUUUUUAGCAGAAUUCUCUUUUAUGUAUUGAGCCAUUAAUAAUUAACAUAUUCAGCUUGAAAACAAACAAGGAGAUGUAGUUGACCUCUUACUUGCCAUUGCACACUGAGAAUCUCUAAAUGGCUGCUGAGUACUUUUAUUAUCAACCAUAAGCUUUACUUUUCAAAACUACAAAUAACAGCAAUGAAGUAAGAAACGUUAGCUUUUGAUUCAAAAUAAGUCACUAAUAAAUAAGGGUAGGCAGAUACAGUAAGUUACACCACCCGACGAUGCAGCUUCUACCGUCAAAGGCCGUAGUUUGUUGAAGUUACACCAUUUGACAUUUGAAUUUUAAAUCUAAUUUUACAGGCGUCAUCAUGGACACCUAUGUAAGCACAUGGCCUGAGUGUGAAUAUUUCAAACAUGAGUUUUUGAAUUAAAUUUUUAAUGUUUUCCUGGGGUCAGCAACAACAUACUUGGCCACACUCUAAAAAUGUCUAAUUAUAAGUUAAAGAGAGUUAAUAACCUUGGCAUGCAGCAGUGAGGGUCAUCAGGGGCCGUUCUCUGUGAUAUCAUUUCUUGUUAUGUGGUCUUCUUGCACAAUAUUAACAAAAUGGCUCCUUGAACGGUGGUUAUAACACCUUGAUACUUCAGCUUUACUUUACAAUAAAUAGUUCUAAUGUAAAAUUAUGCCAAACUAGUUGAUAUGGUGUUUUAUUAUUUAUUUAUUACACCUUUUAAAGCAUGUUUUUAACUAUUUGUUACAAAGUUUUUACACCAAAGUGACAUUUUUGCCAUCAUCCAUAGACUAGGUCGUCCAAAAAUGUAUUUUAGAACAUAAUGCAUUCAUUUUCAGACCUUAAUCCUUCUAAAUUUUAGCUAAACAGAAAUAAAAUAGUCUUUGACCGUUUUACUAAAAAUGCCCGACCUCUUUCAGGAAUGGAAACUCAGACUCACCAGUUUGGGUCGCCUGAGAACAGCUCAAUCCAAGGAGAGCACAAAAUUACCAAACCAACAGGUUUGAAGAGGAUUGGGGCUUAUGUCCUCUAUGGAGUUCCGGUGCUGCUGCUGUUAAUCCUGCUGAUGGUCACUGAGAUAAGAUUCUCCCAGUUAAACAAGGGGAUCACUGAUGUCAAACUUCACCUUGAGAGAAUCAGCAAUGGAACAAUGUCACCGUCUAUAUUAGAUGCAACAACUGUGCCGGAUGUCCACACACAAGCACCUGUCCUAGUUGAAGGAAGAUGUAGAGAUGGAUGGCUUUCUUUCCAGAGUAGCUGCUACUUGCUGUCCACCACAAGCGCAACGUGGCACAAAGCAGAGGAGCAGUGCCGGUUAUAUGGAGCACACCUGGUGGUUGUCAAUAAUGUGGAGGAAAUGCACUACAUUUUAGGUGUGACUGAAAUCAUAUACAGCUAUUGGAUUGGACUUGUGGAGCUAGAUGGACACUGGACCUGGGUGGAUGGAACUGACUUCAACUUAACCCCAACUUUCUGGGAUGACCAUCAGCCUGACAACUUUGUUGACUACAGGAAUGGGGAUCAAGAAGAGGACUGUGCACAGCUUUAUAAAUAUGGAAGGAAACCCCACAUGUGGCAUGAUGCUCUCUGUUACGUGAAUGACAACUAUAUCUGUGAAAUCAUGAAAGAGAGUAGGCCUUUCUGAGCUGCUGAACCCUCACCGACACGACUGGCCUGAUAUUUUCUGCUGUUUCAUUUUUCAAUUAAUCAUCUAGUGUCUAAUCUAAUCUAAUCAUCUUUUUAAGUUGGAUUGCGCUUUUGGUUAGAGGACAUACACAACAGGAAACAGCACAUCCAACAUUAAUAGACGUCAUAAAUGUAUUUACCAUCAACAGUGUUUCCUGUCAAGCUCAUCAACAGGUGUGACAGAACCGCCGUGCGCACAGAAGCAGACCUUGACUGCCAUGUUUAUAUCUUAUAAAUAUAUGCAACAUGUAUACACACAUAUAGUACGUUUAGAUACACAACUGUACAUACGCCAAUGCUUUGCACAUCAAUAUUUGGUUAUUAUUUGUGUCAUGUCGGAUCAUAGAUGGUUUCCUAUUGUGUUAACAUAAAAUAUUGAACUUGAGUAAUACGCAGUGGAAAGUGGUGGGAACUCUGGCAGACACCUAGCUAUUUACACAGCUGUGUGUUGGAAAGUUGUUUUAAAUUCAACUUCUAUUUAAAGAAGGCAAAUGCAGAGCUAAGUGAGCACAGAGCGAACAGAAAGAUAGAGCAGGCUUAUGGCGUAUUUGAUUGUCUAACUGUUUUUAAAAUAAUGUGUGAAAAGAUCAAAAGACAAUUGUAAAUGUGUCUACUGCCUAACAUGUAAGGGGAGAAUAAAAAUGCGAGUCCAAAAUGUGGACUUUCGGGA